UAAAGGUCCUGCUGGUGGUACAGGACCUCCCAACCGAGCCCUCCAGCAAGGAGUCAGAGUGCCCCUCCGGCCCCGCCAUGAGGCUCUUCCUGUCGCUCCUGGUGGUGGUUCUGUCGAUAGUCUUGGAAGGCCCAACCCCAGCCCAGGGGGUUCCAGACGUCUCCAACCCCUUUGAUGUCCUGGAGGAGUUUGGAAAGACCCUGGAGGACAAUGUUCGGGAAUUCAUCAACCUCAUCACACAGAGUGAACUUCCUGCCAAGACACGGGAUUGGUUUUCAGAGACAUUUCGGAAAGUGAAGGAGAAACUCAAGAUUAACUCAUGAGCACCUGAAGGGUGACAUCCCAGGAGGGGGCUCUGAAAUUUCCCGCACCUCAGCACCUGUGCUGAGGACUCCCUCCAUGUGGCCCCAGGUGCCACCAAUAAAAAGCCUAUAGAAAAUUC